UCCAGCGCCUAGAACCAGCAUCGGAACGUCCUCCACUUAAUCUGCCUCUUGGUUGUAGAUAAAUAUAUAUAUAAUUUUUAUUCUAUUGUUACUCCGCAAAAGGUAAUAUGCAUUUCAAUUUCCAAGUUUUGUGGAUAUAUGGUUACUGCCGACUCCUUCGACGUAGUGAUUGUUUUUACUCGGUCUAUGUCUUCAGUAUAAAUAAAAUGCUUUAAUUUCUUAUAUAAAAAUAAAUAAAUUUAAUAUUUUCGACUUAUCAUAAAAGUAAAGUUUUAAAAAAUAUGAUCGAAACGUGUUCUAAGAGAUGUAUGGUUCUAGGCACCGUAAGUCUUGGCAUAUUGACUAUAGUCGUGCUAAUAUUGGAGUCACAUUUAGCUGAAACGCUUUCUGGAAGCCAACGAAUGAGAAAUAAAACAUUUCCCACUGAAAAUAAUUCUACAUGUUGGAUGUACCAACCAUACAAGAUAAUAAGUGAAUGUCAUCCUUGUUCAGAUUUUGAGAUUCGAAGUAAAAGUAUAGGAGUUUGUAUACAUACUAGUUUUAAAGAAAUUCUAAAAUGUGAGAAUGGUGAAACAGUAACCAGGAGUUGUGAUAGAGUUGCAUAUCUAGAAGAAAGGGCCUAUUGGAAAUUUACAAUAUGGUCUUCUGUCAUUGGAGCUGUAUCUUCCUUAGCUGUUAUGUUAAGGAUGCGAGUACUGAACCACAGAGCUAAAAGAAGAGCAAGACAGGUUCUAAGCAAUGGAUCAAUUUAAACACAAUUUAAAUAUAAUCUAAUUGAUUGAUAAAUAUUUAUUACUGGAAGAUUAUAAUAUACUAUAGGUAUUAUUUUUUCAUUUUAUAAGAAUCUGUUUACUGAAUAAUUAAAAUAUAUUAUUUAUCAAAUAGUAAUUUUAAUAACUCAGAUAUAACUUUCACAUUGACACUGUUCCCUAGUAAUCUGUAACACUGUUUUGUAGAUAUAUUUUUAGGAAAUUCAUAUACUUCAGGGAAUGACAUAAGUGACAAAAUUUCCUUUGGUGUAAAAAAUCUAAGUCUGAGUUCCUUUAAUGUUUCAAUAAAUUUAUUGCAACCUA